UCACGCUGUAAAGGGAAAAUGUGCGUUAGCGUGCGAACCGAGGGAACCCCUUAGUUAGUUAGCAGAGAGUGGAAACAUGGAUGAUGAGGAGGUCGCCGAAAGCUGGGAAGAGGCAGCAGAUAGUGGGGAAAUGGAGAGAAGACUAGAGGAAAAGCUUCGAAGCCAUCAGAAAGAGAGACUUUCAAGUGGCAGUUCAAGCCGCUCUCCAAUGAGGACAGCAAUUGUAAUCCAGGAUGACUCCCUUCCUGCAGCACCCCCAACUCAGAUUCGUAUUUUGAAGCGACCCUCCAGUAAUGGAUCCUUAGGAUCAUCUGUGACGCAUACCCGACCCUCCCCGCAAGUAAAAUCCUUAGCUCAGCGAGAGGCGGAAUAUGCAGAAGCCAGGAAGAGAAUCCUUGGCAGUGCUACUCCUGAUGAUACGCCCCAGGAGAGAUCCAAUUUAGACCGAUCCCCACGUGGAAGCAGCCAUACACUGUCAGAGGAAAACAGACCAGGAAAUAAUGUGGUUCGACAACCAGCUGGUCCAGAUGGUACACAAGGCUUUCACCAACGCAGAUAGAAACGGCAGCCUUUCCUGGGAGGAAGGGAGAGGCAAUGCUGGGGCUCCUAGAAGAUGGUUGAAAUUCAAAUAUUUUUUAUCAAUAUUUAGGAUAUGGAAUGUUUUUCAAAAUAAGUCUAAAACCCUCUCAAAUCCAGCAUGGCAUUUGUGCCAGUGUGUGGAAUGUAAAAGGGGGAAAGAAACCCAACACAGAGGAGUGGAUGGGGAACAUUUUACUCCCCAGUUUUACACUGUGAUGAGGACUUCACUUCCGAACACUGCUCACUGUGAUGUCCAGCCCCCAUCCCUCAAAAUAAAAAAGAGAAAAUAGAGAAAAACAAAGCAGAACUGCAGAUCAAUAUUCCUUUUCUCACUUAAGUCAACUUUGGAAGCCAGCCUAUCACGUAAUUUAAGCCAUGAAAACCCCUCUGAAAAGACGUUUGAAGAAGACAACAAGUGGUGAAAAAGCCGAGCUGGAUGUGCUAUAACUAACAAGAGGAUGGAAUAAGGCACCAGCUUCUUUCAGCAAUAAUAACAGAAAUAUCACUAAUUGUUCAGACCUCCCUUCCACACUGUUCCUCCCAAGCUUUUGUAUUUGUUGUUUUUGUCUUUGUUUUAAUUUUGGUUAUUACUGGCUUGGUCUGCUAAUCACCAUAUGUUUUUAAAUGGGUAGGGAACAGUGAGGGUAUUGUGGAAAUUCAUGCUGAAUUUAAGUUCUUUAUUGUUUACGGUUAUUUUUUUUUUUCUUAUGUUGUUUUACUCAUUGGUCUUCCUUUGGCUGUCCUGUUUUCUAUAUAAAGAGAGACUAAAAACAAAAACCAGUAGAGAAUUAAAUGAGUGAAGCAAAUCACAUUUUUAAACAGUUUCUAUAUGCCUUUAUAUGAGUUGAGAAGGUAGUCAUUUUUAGACCUGUGUCUUUAAAAUCCAAUGGAAAUUUCUGUAAAUAUUUGUUGUGCUGGGAAGAACCAAAGGAAGUGAUGUAAGGGGAGUCAAGAUUUUGCUGGCUCCCCUCGCCUCACUUCCUCCACAAAUCUGCUGUCAAUCAUUUUCUUUUCUUUUUAUUUGUGUAGGAACUCAGGUUGUUUUGAGGAAUUAUGAGAGAAUUAAGUUGUGGAUAGGUUUUUAACUGAAUGAUGGCGCAAUGUCAAACUUCCAUGAAGUAUGGCUUUAAGUUCAUUUGAAAAACACCUCUAAAACUGGAGUACAGAAUAUCCUUUAAGAGAUUAUUUAAUGUUUAUUGUACCUAAGAAUAAAGUGUGCAUAUCACCAGUGGCAUACACAAGACAACUUAUUUGGAGUGUUAAGUCAGUUGACCUACUUGCGCUGGCUCUUGCAAUACAAUGUCUAUAUAUGAAGAGCAAUACUAACUUUCCUGACUGUAACUCCCUGCUUUUUUUUUUUAUACUCCUCUUAAACCUUAAUUUGCUGUACUGUUCAAGAAAGAUAUCUGAAAUGACCUGCAGUUUAUGGAAAUACCCUUUAAUCUUGCAUCAAAUACUUGUCAUUGUUCACUCAUUGUGCUGUAACAAAUCAGGACAGGUUUGUCGUGCCCUGCCUGUGAACACAGAAAUCUGCCUGUAAAUAAUUUUCAAAAUCCCAUUUAAUAAAGACUUUUUAAAUAAUGUCUCUGAUGAACAAUUUCCAGAUUUGGGUGUUUGAUUAACCCUUUAAUGCAUGGGAAUUUUACCAAACAUUACAUAUUCUGAUCUUUAAGAGACCCGACACAUAUAUCAAAAAUGCAUCUGCAAAACCCAGGUAGUGCAACAUUUUUUCAAAUAUUUUCAAGACAAUUAGAAAAUAAAAUAUAUUUGUAUAUGUUUUGAUGUUUUAUUUUUCAUAUUUUACAUCAAAGAGAUAAUGAUUU